AUGACUGCCGGCCUGUGGCGACCUGUGCGCUUGGAGACUUACCACGGGCGCCUGGAGGAUAUUCGCGUGAAUUAUCGCGUGGCCGACAAUCUGAAGUCUGUCCAAGGAACCAUCUCUGUCCAGAUUGAAGGAUCAGUUGGCGAUAUCGUCAUAGCCAGCGUGGAAUUGGCUGGAAAUUCCGUCUUCACAGGCACUGGUACAGUCAAAGAUGGCUUGGCGACGAUGAGCUUCAGUGUCUCUGAUGUGUCGCUGUGGUACCCGCAUGGCUAUGGGCCGCAGACUCUCUAUAACGUCAGUGCUACUCUCAAGUGUGCGACGCAGGAUCUCGACCAUCGCUCUCAGACCACAGGGUUCCGCCAGGUGCAGCUUGUUCAAAAACAAGACGAGAUUGGUCGAUCAUUCUACUUCCGUGUAAACGGUAUGGACGUCUUUUGCGGUGGGGCUAAUUGGAUCCCGGCUGACAGCUUCCUGCCCAACAUCUCGGAGGAUCGAUAUCGACGUUGGUUGAGAUUGAUGGUAGAGGGUAACCAGAUUAUGGUUCAGGUUUGGGGUGGAGGCAUAUACCAGGAUGAUUCUUUCUAUAACAUCUGUGACGAGCUAGGCCUCCUUGUUUGGCAGGAUUUCAUGUUUGGCUGUGGCAACUAUCCUACUUUCCCGGCUUUCCUGGAUUCUGUCCAGAGAGAAGCGAUGCAGAACGUUCGUCGCCUCCGACACCACCCCUGCCUGGCGCUCUGGGCGGGCAACAAUGAAGAUAACCAAGUGCAGGAGCAACAGAAUUUGGAGUACAACCCCUCGGACAAAGAUCCUCAGAACUGGCUCCAGAGCGACUUUUCCGCCCGCUACAUCUACGAGAAACUUCUCCCUGAUGUGACGGAAAAAGAAUGCCCAGACGUACCAUAUCACCCUGGGAGCCCUUGGGGAGAUGGCAAGUUGACUUCUGAUCCUACGGUUGGCGACAUGCAUCAGUGGAACGUCUGGCAUGGUACCCAGGAGAAAUACCAAAUAUUCGAAACCCUAGGCGGCCGGUUCAAUAGCGAGUUUGGGAUGGAAGCAUUCCCAAGCAUCCAGACCGUCGAUGCCUUUGUCACCCAAAGUUCACAGAUGCAUCCUCAGUCUCACACACUUGACUUCCAUAACAAGGCCGAUGGCCAUGAGCGACGCAUUGCUACGUAUCUGGUGGAAAACUUCCGUACUACAACCAACUUGGAGAAAUAUAUCCACCUCACGCAACUGGUCCAGGCAGGCGCAUUGAUGUAUGCCUACCGCGGUUGGCGGCGCCAAUGGGGCCAAAAGAGGCACUGUGGCGGAGCCCUGGUCUGGCAGAUCAAUGACUGUUGGUCCGGCACGUCAUGGGCCAUUGUCGAUUAUUUCUUGCGAAAGAAAGCAGCCUAUUAUGUUCUAUCGCGGGUUCUGGCACCGGUGGCCAUCGGUGUGCAGCGAGAGCACCACGACUGGAGUGUGGCUCAUGCCCGACCAGCGAAGUCGAGUCGUUUCCAGCUAUGUGCUGGAAGGGACGAUCAACAAUGCCUUCGAGGAGCCACAUGUGCUACCGCAAGUAUCUUUAUCGAUGGCCUCGUUGUAUCUCGGGAUGUGGAUUGGCCCCAGCCCUAUAAAUAUCUGCCGUUUGCUGAUCGCGGCGUGGUGGUGAGCCAGCCUUGCCAUGGGGGAUCGAACACAAUCCACAUUAGCGCCAAGCGUCCCACUAAGGGAUUGGUGUUUGAGGAACGAGAUGGGGUCACGCUCAGUGAUAAUGCUAUUGACUUGGUCCCUGGUGAUGAACACGUUGUGCGGAUGACGGGGCUGUCUCCAAGUAGCCCUGCUUUGAAGUAUCACUAUCUGGACAUGUGA